AUGUCAUCCCAAGAAAUGAAAGGAAAACCAUUGGAACAUACCACUCCACUCUUUUUAAAAGAAUGUCAGAUGACGAGUGACCAAGUGAAAAGGGUGGAAACUGAAACUCGUGGCCAGAGUAACAAUGACUCUUGGCAUCAACAAAGAGUUGGGAGAGUGACUGCAUCAAAUUUUCACAAAUUUCACACCAAGGCUCAAACAAUCAUCAACAGAAAAAGUGACAAUGACAAAAAACCCAUUUACAGUUCAAUGGUGUCAAGCCUGUUGAAUAAAAGUGAUGAUGUCUCACAUAUGCCACAGAUAAAGUGGGGGAAUGCCCAUGAAAAGGAUGCCAUAAAAUCAUUCAUGUCAGAUGUGGCCUCUCAACAUGAUGGUGGCCUACAGGGCUUUAGACAGUGUGGAUUGUUCAUCAAACCUGAUUACCCCUUCCUUGCGGGUUCCCCGGACGGCCUGUUUUUUUGCCAUUGUUGUGGUCUGGCAACACUGGAAGCAAAAUGUCCCUACAGUGUGAGAAAUGAAAAUAUUCAUGAAAAAAAGACAUUUGACCGUGUGGAAUUUCUUGAAGAUUUUAAUGGAAAGCCCCGCUUAAAACGCUCGCACAAAUAUUACACCCAAAUGCAAGCUCAGAUGUGGGUUUGUGGUGCCAAUCAUGGCUUCUUUAUUGUUUGGACUCUGGGCGGCCAACCAUUGUAUGAACGAGUAGAACUUGACUUGGAAUUUUGUCUGAAAGUUGUGAACAAUAUCACUCUCUUUUACAAAUCUUUUGUGUUACCUUGCCUGUUAGGAUACAGGGACAUUUUUGAGUGCCCCAAGUGUGACAAGGUUAUUUUGGAGAGUGAUGAAAUAAGUGAUUCUGCAAACGAAAACAGUGUAUGCUGUGACCGCUGCAGCACUUGGUGGCAUUUGCCAUGUGCUGAACUCAGUGUGAAUUCUGCAGAUGCACUCGACUCUUGGAUUUGCCAGAGCUGCCUGGCUGAUGCAGCAAACAUACAUGAUGCUGGGGAUGAUGAACUUGACUUGAACUUACCUGAGGAAGAAGAACAAACUGAUAACUCAAACACUGUAAAUCAUGUCUGCCCAGUUUGUUGUCUUAAGAGUAUCCCUGUGAAUGGAGAACAUGUUUGCACAGUCUGUAAAAAGCUGUCCAUGCUUGGUGCAGUAACCAUGAGGACAUAA